AUGGAUGUUGUCGGUCCUUUGCGGCUCAAUCCACGAGAUCGAGCGCGUCGAUCACAGCCCGGCAGGCCACACUCGUGGCCGAUCCGCGACGUCCGUGACUCUAACCGUAUGAUAUCUGGCAUGGUCACCCAGUCUCACCGCCACAGCGUCCUUGCUGCUUGGUUCAUCAAUCUCUUCAUCAAUCUCCUGCAGUCGUCAAGCGACCGCGACCCAAGAAGGCGCGAAAUGGCGCUAUCGACGGGGUCUCCGGGUUGCAGUGCAGCACCUCAGCAGGGGAACCAGUUGCAACGCCGCUACGCUAGGGGCGCCGUAGCGCCUCUGGUCCGUGCGGACGGCGUGAUGAUCCCCGCCCCCCGCCCGGCUGUUCCCCCGCAAUCCACCUCCUUUUCGUGCCACACGCCGCCGUGCCGGCAACCCAUGGCUCCUACACAGUACAGUAGGCCCAACCUGAAUUUCUCUCAAACCGCGCACACUGUGAGCAAGUCCAGUGUCGUUACUCCGUCCACGACUUAUACGUUCACUCAGCAUCAGUUCAGAGGUGCUCCAAGCGCCAUGUCGCAGAAACCCUUCUAG